CACACCCUCAUUUCUCUUUUACUGUGAGCCAUUCGUUCUGCUCCUUACACUUCCUCAAAGUGGUCCACUCUUUCCUCUCCACAUCCCUCCACCUCUGGUUUUCUUUGUUUAACUUCUCUCUCCUCCUUCCACAAGUCCUUCCAUCUGUCAUCCUGCUGCUCCGCCACUCUCCCUCCAAAGAUUUUCUUUGCUUUCUUGAACUUUUUUGUUUUGUUGUCGUUUUUUUUUUGUUUUUGCAUCCGUCCACCUCUCCUGUCUGGAGUGGCCCACAGCAGUGCGUGCGAGGUCUCAAGUGUUGCGCUCUUCGUCCCACGAAGGAGUGCCCCAAGACUUUGACAAGAGACUUCUGGGAGAGUUUCCACCAAAAUGAAGGUCCAGCUGCUGCUCCUGGUUGCCCUGGCUGGGCCUUUCUGUGCCUUCACAAGUGCAAGUCCCACAUUCCCCACAGAACUUCUGUCUGCCAGUCCUGAGAAAAAUGAAGAAACCUCCAAUGUUGACAGUUCAGUGUUGGCUGAGACCUCUGUAGUGGUUAUCACAGGCCCACCUCCAACACAACCAGAAGCUCUCCCUGGAAUUGUGUCUGACACAGAGUCUACUCCCGGGGCCGCUCCAACCACAGAAUACGACUCCACAGCUUUCGUAUUCACUGAAAGGCAAGACGUCUUCACCAAACCUAUGACAGAGACGGCGACUGACGCGGCUCAAACUGAAGCUCCUGCUGUGGAAACGUUGGCUCCGGAAACGUCUGCUCCAGACGCGGUGACCGACCCUCAAGAUCCAGGCCAUGAAAACCCUGUUACACAACAAGAAGACUACACCGAGGGCCCGAAAAUGGAGGAAGAGUUGGGUGAUGAAGUGACUGUUGAAGAAGAGUCUUUGAGUUCCGGCCAGAUAAUCGGCAUCGUGAUUGGCGCCUUGCUGGCCGUGGUAAUCUUCAUCGCUGUGGUGAUUGCAGUGGUCAGGAGGAUGGGCAAAUACUCGUCUGCCAAAAGCAGAAAAUCUGCCAAAAAAGACAGCGCUGUGGUUUCUCCCCUGAGGAAGAAACCGACCAAGCAGAAACAAAGUGCAAAGUUCUGGAAAAACUGAACUACUGAACUGUGCCGUCACUUUUUAUUUUUUUCUUUAAUGGUUACCACAACCAGAACUAAAUAAGCCUAACCAGGACUCUGAACUGAUGCCUACCUAAGGGCAUUGUUUUUGAGACAAGGGGGUAUAAGGUGCCAUCCUCCUGCUUACCUCCCUGAUCCAGAGGAGCUGCUAACAUUCAAGGCUCUGUUUUCUUUUAAAUCCCUGAAGAAGAAAAAAAAUCCACCCAGGACUUUUUUUUAAUGCAUUUUAUGAAGCUAAAAAAAAAAAAAAAGUAAUUAGACUACCUGUCAGGAUGGAGGAUUUUUGUUCUCUUUAACUUAACUGAUUGACUUAGUCAAUUUUAAGUUUCACAAAGGAGAAUUAAAAAUGAUCAAAAAUAACUUGGAGGGGGUUAGGAAGCAGUCAUUGAUGUUGCAAAUUUCCCAAUAUGUAUGAAUAUUUGAUAUAAGGGCAGCCCAUAGUAUAAGGCCUAGGCCAUUUUCUUUGAUAGCAGUUUGCAUAGGCUAGCUUUACAUAAAAAUACAUAGUAUGUGCAGGCCACUGUGUGCUUCUGUUUUGAAUAAAGCACCCACACAGCAGCGUUUUAGUCAGUUUCACAAGCAAACAAAUACCUGACAAGUAGGCCGACUGUAUGAUGCUCAUUGCAGAAGCUGCUGCGACCGCAUUUUUUUUUUUUUUUUUUGAUGAAAAAGGACGCGCUUUUAGUAUGUGGUGUUCACACUGGACUGUCUCUACCCGUUACUAGGAUAGGUUACGUGUUGAAGGGGCGUAAAUCUCGUGAACCUUGCUCCACGUUUUUUUUUCUUCAUCAACUCUACUCUGAUAAAUGAAAGACUUGGUGUCAUAGAAUGGUGGCCAGGAAAAAAAACGCAAAUAUCAAUAUCUCCUUGACCAUCAAAUUAUUUUUUUUGAAUGGUUGGUACUUCGGUGCUUCAAAAAGGAUUCUACCCAUACAUCACUACCAAAUCUGAGUCCCUGACUGGUUUAAAGUUAAACUGGUUUAACGUUCAUCAAAUGUUCAGUGGCUUUGCGUUUUGAUAGAGCCCAAGAACCAACGUAAAACUUGUACACGUGAGAAUGUGAGAGUUUUGAACGCGAAAGCCCGAAACAUGCUUACACGCGCGUUAACAUAGACUUUUCAUUUAAGCGGUCGAUUGAAUGCGCGUAUCCGAAUCCGGUGUGAACGUAGCAAAAUGCAUAUCUGUGAAAUUUAGCGGAAGGGUUUGCGCCACUGUCUCUGGUAUUCUCUUGCUCAUUGCUGGGAUGUAACUUUUGAAGUGCAUUAUUGAUGUGACUUGACUGUACUUUAACUGACACCCAUUCCAAAGAUGACUACUUGGAGGGCCCCUGCCUUUCACUCUACUGGUGGUUAUUAGACGUAAUGACAGCAUCGGCGUGUCAACAUAUUCCUAGUUCAGUGUUAAUAGUUCCAGAGCAGCCCUAUUGUCGUUAACCCCAGAUUGCACACAGCCCUAGAUUUUAUAGCUGCUUUCUGUUUUACAGCUCAUCAUUAGCCAGUUACUUUUCAUUGUGCCCCAAAUGAGCAUACAAAUAGUCUCAGCUUACCCCUGCCUUGCUUUUUAAACUUAUUUCAUGUGCACUGAAUAGGAGAUGUAAUGUUUCAUGAUGGAUAGACUUUAGACUCUGCAGAUGUUUGCAACGAGACAGACUUGUUUUCUCCCUUCUGCUUCGCCCUAUAUCAUUACUUUAGGGUUUUUAAUUUGUGCCAUAUGAUUUCAUUCAAACCGUUUAUUUAAUUGCAGUGUUUUUUUGUUCAUACUGUUUCAAUAAAAAAAGAAAAAAACUGAAAAUGUU